AGUAGCCGGUAGUCAUUCAAACCAGGAAGAUCACCACACUAGCGACUGUGGGAAUUUGGCAAUGUUCAAUACCCACCCACCCCCACGUAACGCAAUUUUACAUGUUUGCCACACGCAAUGUAACGCUUCGCUGCAUAACCCCCAUCCCUGAGCGCGUCAUGUAUUAUUUUUUGAGGCAACUGUCCCUCAGGCCAACAAAAUCAAACCGAUGAAGAAGAAGAUGUAUUAUUUGAAUGAUCCCUUAUCUGUGUUUCACGUUCACUCGACUUUUUUUAUAUUUAUCAUUGAUUCACAGUUGAUUUUAGUCGGAGUAACUUGUUAUGCUUUCAGCUUAUAACUUUUAGCGUGCACGCCAUGACAUGUUUAUGUUUAUACCUAGUUCGAGUCGGAAAAAUUAUUGCUAAAUUCUGUGAUUUUCAUAUUGCUACAGUAAAAACUGCUAACUGUACAAAACAAAAGGUUAUUUUGUUCCUAGUACAUGAUUUGUGCGAAAUGGAGGAAUCCAGCCUAAUAAAUGUGGAAGAAUUCAGUUCUACAAUCAAGGUAGAAGAGCUUAUAAUAUCUGAUGCUGUGGAAAAACCUCUGCUCGCUAGUAACGAUUGGUGCUCUGGGGAACCGAAUGAAACAACCGCCCCAAAGAAAGGUUCCACUGAUGUGGAACCGGUAAUGGAUAUCACCGAUGCAGUUGAGGUUACAGCAGCUUCCAACCAAAUUGUAGUUUCCAAUUGCAGCAAUUCGGAGCAUUCGGAAACACGCAAUAAAAACAACGCUUGUGAGUUUUGCAAUAAAAAAUUUAGAAAGAACUACACCUUGCAGAAUCAUAGAAGAAUUCACACCGGGGAACGACCUUUUGCUUGUGAUAUCUGCAGCAGAACAUUCCGCACUGCUGAACGUUUGCAGUACCAUAAAAAUGCUCAUGCCGACCAAAAUUUCGAGUGUGACAUAUGCAGGCGAAGGUUUUCCCAAAAAUCAACCUUAGCGUCCCACAUGAACUUUCACCGUACAGAUUGUCCUUAUAAGUGUCUGAUUUGCGGUAGAACAUGUGGAAGUAGUUUUCAACUUCAAAAACAUAUGCGUAGUCACAGUGAUGCUCGGCCCUUCAAAUGCGACAUCUGUGAUGCGUCAUACAAGAACCAUAGUACUUUGAAAAGUCAUAUGAAGAUCCACAAGGUCGAUCCCUCCCCAGGUGAAGCGGAAAGUUUAGAGCCGAACCGAACUGAUAACAGUCGAAGUAAUGGUUCAUCUAAAUACACCUGCAACAUAUGCGGCAAACAGUACAAACAAAUGAGACCACUUCACUUACAUACCAAGCUUCAUGAGAGUACCACUGUGAGUCCUAGGAUAAAACCCCACUACAUGAAGCUGCACGAGUGUACGAUUUGUGGAAAAAGUAAUCCGAAUAGAUCAUCGCUCAUAAUCCACAUGGCUUUUCAUACUAUAGAACGACCUUUUGAUUGCGAUAUUUGCAGUUCAUCGUAUAAGUCAGCUCAUGAUGUGAGAGUCCAUAUGGAAACGCACACCUCCGAGGGGACGUAUGAAUGCGAAAUUUGCGGAAAAAGGUUCCGAAUUCCUUCCCAGCUCAAGCGGCAUUUGUUUUAUCAUACUAAUGAACGGCCUGUCAAGUGCAAUAUUUGCGGUCUAUCGAUGAGGUCAGAAUGCAAUCUAAGGAAACAUAAACAAACGCAUAUUUCCAACCGUGGAAGUUUCACAUCCAAGCAAAAUCUUGUGACACAACUUCUUGAUUGCGAUAUUUGCGGUUCAUCGUAUAAAACAGCAAUAAAUUUGAGCAAACAUAAGGAAAAGCAUUUCUUAGAGAGCCCGCAUAAAUGUGAAAUUUGCGGGAGAAUAUUGCAAUCUCCGUAUUGUCUUCGGAGACACAUGCUUAGUCAUUCAAAUGAACGACCUGUUAAAUGCAAUGUUUGCAGCGCAUCAUUCAAGUCAGCGCUUGAUCUACGAUCUCAUGAAAGCGUACACACGGAAGCACGACCUUACAAAUGUGAUAUUUGCAGUGGUGCAUUCAAGACAAAGGGUUUGUUAAGGACGCACAAGAAAUCGCAGAAGCACCUAGGUCGAACACAAAUAAUCGCAAAACAAAAUUGAUUGCAAUUUUUUCAGGAUGAAACUCUUCUUGUGUAUAUAGUUUAACUUGUGGGGAUGCGGCCU